AUGAGAGCUUUCCUUGGCCAAGCUGGGUUCUGUCGACCAUGGAUUUUAGGGUUUAGCGAACUAGCUAGACCACUUAUUGAAACUACAAAGGACAAAGCUCCAGAGCCAAUUGUCUGGAUGCCAGAAUUGUCCGAUGCCUUUGCAUCUUUGAAGCAAGCCUUAGCCACAGCCCCAGCUUUAGGCCUGCCAAAUUACUCUAAACCUUUCACUUUGUAUGCUACCAAGAAGGGUGGCAUUGCAAAGGGGGUCCUAGUACAACCUCAUGGACCCUAUGAAAGACCUGUGGGUUAUUACUCAGUUGCUCUUGACGCAGUUAUCAAAGGGUCACCACAUUGCCUUAGAUCAGUAGCAGCAGCUGCGGAGUUAGUGGAAAAAGUUUGCCCACUUGUUCUGGGUCACAAAUUAAUUGUUGCCGUGCCUCAUGAAGUUGAACUUUUACUAACCCGAUAUGCUACCGAGUCUCUCUCACCGCAGUGCACACAUCGAUAUGAAGCCAUCCUGUUACUGACUGAUAAUAUCUCUUUAAAACGGUCAAAACCCUUAAACCCAUCUACCCUUCUACCUGAGAUGCACCUUUCCAAUGACCCACACGACUGUGUGCAAUUUGUCACCACUUAUUCUAAAACCAGAGAACAUUUGCAAGAUGUUCCUCUCUCCCACCCUGACCUUAACCUGUUCACAGACGGAUCAAGUGAUUAUCUGCAUGUUAAUAUCUAUACAGACCCUAAGUACGCUUUUGGCAUUUGUCAUUCUGUUGGUGCACUUUGGAAAGAACGCUGUUUUUUGACCUCUGCCGGCCAUACUAUUGCUCAUGGACAAUUAAUUCAUGAUUUGCUACUCGCUAUCCAGGAACCGCGAGAAAUCGCUGUUAUUUACAUUCCUGCUCAUACUAAACGCCUCGAUUCUUUCGCUCAUGGCAACGCCUUGGCCGACUCCGCGGCGAGAGCGGCGGCAGUCCACGAUGUAUCUCCUGCUACGACUGUGGUUGCUACUCUUCUUCCUUUUCCCGUUGGUCCUGCCCUUUAUGAUGAACUGGAUGAAGAAGAGCUCAACAAAUGGAAACACUGGGAAGCGACACAACAGGACGGCAUUUGGAAACUAGGUGAUAAACCCUUAUUGCCUGUGAGCUAUGUCCUUCCUCUAACUCGCUGGAUUCACGAUCGUACUCAUGGGGGGCCUGAAGCUGUAGCCUCUAAAAUCCAACAGUUGUGGGCAGCGCCUGGAGUUUACAGUGCUGCAAAACGCUUGACUGACUCUUGUACUCUUUGCAAGAAAUAUGGGGUCACAAAGGUCACAACAGUCCCUGGCAAGCGGCGCCUGCUUACUUUCCUUUUCAGAAACUGCAAAUGGAUUUCGCAGAACUGCCCCCUUCUAUGGGAUAUAAGUAUAUUCUUGUUAUUGUUGAUCAGCUUUCGCACUGGGUGGAAGCCUUUCCUACUCGCAAGAACGAUUCGAAAAUUGUGGUUAAGACCCUGCUUCGUGAUAUCAUUCCGAGAGGCUGCCUUUCACACGCCCUACCAUCCACAAUCUUCUGGACAGGUAGAGCAGAUGAAUCGCACUAUUAAAGAUCAUUUGGCAAAAGUCACUGCAGACACAGGUCUCAAAUGGCCUGAGGCAUUACCGCUUGUUUUAUGGGAUCUUCGUACAACUCCCCAUGCUACUACUAAACUCAGCCUGGCUGAAGAUCUGUUCAGGCGAGUUUUGACAGUACUGUUUACCUUUAUGUCUGCCAAAACUGCCCUCCUGGAAGGGGACGAGGCAGUAACGCAGUACUUGCUCUAUCUGCAACAGUUUGCUCGGAUCAGAAAUUAUAUGCAUUGGUAUCAAGGAGUGACACCAGAGAUUCAAAAAUUGCGUAACCUAUCUCAGACUGUUUUACAGAAUCGAAUGGCCUUAGACAUUUUGCUAGCUUCGCAAGGAGGUGUCUGUACCAUGCUAAACUCCAGUUGCUGUAUGUAUAUCAAUAAGAGUAAGCAAUUGGUUACUGAAGUGGAUAAAAUCUGGGAAGUUAGUCAUGUUAUGCAGCAAAUUCAACGAGAUGAUGCUGACUGGGGUGUCGCAGACCUGUGGCAAUGGAUGACUUCCUGGUUUCCUGAUCUCGGAACGUUAGUGAAGAAGAUUUUGAUGACUGUCAUUGUAAUUGUCUUUGUGAUCAUUUUUGUUUUGAUUCAAUGUAUGUCAAUGUUUUGUAACUGUUGCUGUAAUCUCUUGAAUCAACAGAAGCUUUAUUAUCGUUAUCAGUAAAUUGGGAAAUUUUAAAGAGAAAAUGGGGGACUGUUGUAGGGAAAUAGGAAAUUAGGAUUUUAGGCCUAUAUCAGUGUUAUAAGCUGUGCUGCUAAGGCUGAAAGUCUCAGCUUGUCCCCUGUAUAGCCCUUACCCAAAACCACGAGCGUGGUUACCUUAUGCUUGCUUUGUACCCUUAGUUAAGACAUUGAUAAAUGCUAUUCUUAGGGUUGCUGAUUUCCGUGCUAGACUGAUGAACUAUGGAUAACAAAUGAGACAGGUAGAACUUCAAAAGAAGCUAGCCCUGCGACCCGAUGACCUUUCGUUCGGUACUUGCCAAGAAAGAAGAGGUGGAACCUGCAGACCACUGGGAUGGAAGGAACCUGAGGACAUUGACAGUGAUAGACAGUGAUAAAUUUUGCUUAGUUGCAUAAUACCUGUUAGAACCCUAUAUAAUGACUAGUUAUACUGCUGUAUGAUUGUCACUCUCUGAGGAGGUGACCCAACACUGCUGUUCCUGCGAAUCUUCUACAACAAAUUCUGCUCGGAGUAACCCACAAGAGUUCGAGUCUCUACCCAGCGCCACCUACUACCUUUUUCAAUGCUCUUAGAGUUUAGAACAGCCCAGUAGGCUCCUGAAGAAUGACUUUGAUACUCCUGUUGAUCUAUAAAAAUAGUUUGUUUAUACUAAUUUGAUCUAUAAUUAUCUUCUUCCAGGAUGAGAUUAUCAAGUGAUACCUUUUUCUUUAUCUAGUACAUGUCAAAUGAAUUGCUGACUCUAAAUAGAAAUAAAAACAUUCAU